AUGGAUAUCUCCAUGCCUUUUAACGACAUCAGAGAUGAGCACCUUACCCUUCAACUCUCCACCGCAUGUAGUUCAACUAGACCAACUCAACAGUCUCCACCUUUAGUGUCUUCCUCGUCUCAAUUUGAGCCGAUAAUUAAUUUACUUGGAGUAGGUCCUCUGAAUUCUCACACUGCUUCAGUGGCAUUGCCUUGCAACAUGACCCGAACCCGUCGAACUCCAACACAAAUCCUAAGAGAAGGGCAGACUGAAGACAUACCUGCCCCAUACCCUUGGGCUACCACGAGGCGUGCCCAUGUGUACUCUCUUCAUCAUCUGUUUUCUAAUGGCAUCAACAAAAUCAGAGGUAUGGUUCAAUGCAAAAAGUGUGAUCAAAAGUAUGAGAUUGAGUACGAUCUUGAACAAAAGUUCGGACAAUUGGCGACUUAUGUGUACCAAAACAAGAGCGCAAUGCGUGAUAGGGCACCUGAUGUUUGGAUGAAUCCCAUACUCCCGGAUUGCAAGUUAUGUGGUCAAACAACUUGUGUGAAGCCUGUGAUUGGCAAGAAGAGGUCGAUCAAUUGGCUUUUCUUGUGCUUGGGUCAAUUGAUCGGAUGUUGCAAACUCAAUGAUUUGAAGUACUUCUGCAAGCACACCAAGAAUCACAGGACCGGUGCUAAAGAUCGGGUUUUGUAUCUUACUUAUAUGGAACUGUUGAAACAACUCGAUCCGAAUGGACCCUUUGAUAUUUGA